AGGUGUCAUGCUUUCAGGCUCAUCAGCAAAACCUAGUUUGCUUAUGCAGGCUCAGCGGAAUGUGUUUGGUACUUGGCGGUUUCUCGUCAAGUAGCUGCAUGAUCAUUGACACUGUGUAGUCGAGCGGAAUGAGCGCUGGGCAUCAGUAAAACGUGAGAAAGAUAUUGAUCCCGACCAACAACCGACGGGUUUGAUGGUAAGGAACGGGGAACUCAACUCAAUUCCGAGUCCGACGGGUCGGGACGUGACGAAGAAUUCGGGGUUGUGCACAUGCAACAGGCACAGGGCAAUCAGUCAUUGAUGUUGGGCUUCCCUUCCGCCCCGUUAUUAUCGUCCGCUGCAACAGUACCUUACAAUGUCCACGAAGACAUUGAACUUAUCCCGAGAUCAAACAAUUGUCUGGACCAAAGGUUUAACCGCAACACAAGAGAUACGUAGAAUGCUCACAGAAAACUACCGGGUCGUUGUUGCCCUCCUGAUCAAGUCAACAUUCUCCGACAUUUUGAUAUCAGUGUUGCUAUUGUGCUCAACAAAGUCCAGACGGCCAUCGUCACCAGUACGAUGACAAGAACUCGAUACUCCUCCAAGCGGUCCUUUUCUUUGCCUUUUGUGAUGGUCUCACAGUCUUGCUAUGUUAUAUAAGACGACGUUGCCCACCUUACUAAACCUGAUGCCAUCGAUGCAUCAUCGCCGACUCAACAAGUGCCGCAUUGCCCCAGCGCGCACCAGCGGAUUGCGAUUUAUCCGCUGGUCCGAACCCGUAAAGCCCAAUCGUCGGCUUGUAUCUACCACCCGGCAGUGGUGCAAGUGAGUGUCAGUGUUAUUAGAGGUCGAAGGUUAACCCCACUGUAUGCGUCCAUUCCGUCAGGAACCUCACUGCGGCACAAGCCUUGUGAAACUGAAACAGAUGGACGUGACAGAAUGAACACGAAAUCGGAGAAAGGUGAGAAAAUUGCUCGACUCGGAUCAUGUUUCAUGUAGAAGCGAAACCGUCCGAGAAAAUACAUGAAAUUGACAUGCUCUCAGACAGUCAAG